UUCAACCGGCCGGAUCGCGAGUUCCUGCGCUCACGGGUUAUCACCACGGAGGUUUUUGUUAGCUCCACUUGCCGUAGCGCCUAGCGCAUCGCCGUUUCUUGCACCUUAGUGUUUGUCUAGUUCUCCCUUGACGUCGUCACUCACCGUCAGCUGCGCAUAUCGCGCGUCGAUCGGCCCCUGAAAUCCGGUCCGGUGGGAGAUUCAUUUCGACCAACAAACCGGUAAUACACCGACCUGGUUCUACUGGCAGCCGGAAUCGGAUAUCGGAGAUUGCUCUCUCCGCGGUGUCGUGUUGUGGCAGCAGGCGCUCGGUGCCAUUACGAUCGGAAUGUAGCUCCAGUUUUCGAACCAACCGCACACCGAAACGACUUGUGCAAAGGCCACGCCGUGUGUUUCGAGUGUGCCCUCUACGCGCCUGGUGAUACGGUUUGUUAGCAACUUUUGCCGUCCGUAAAAGCCCGUGGCCCACGGAGCGAUACCGUUUUAUUUAUAGAAUCUUACGCCAGUGCGCGGUCGCCAUUCGAGAAGCAAACAUCAGUCGUAUCAACGGCAUAAUGUCCUUACCGCGAAAAAAAGUGUCCCUCUUGAGUCAAGCCAGUGGGUUCCUGCUACCGACCACGAUUCUGUUACUUCUAGUCGGUCCGAUCGGCCACAGUACGGUUAGUGGGCAGUACCUUAACUCACCUUGCCCGGAAGUCUUCAGCUACCGCCUGGAUCCGAACAGCAACCAAGCGUUCGGGUACGUCGAGCUACACGGGCUACGCAUCGGAACCACGGUUAAGCUGAUCAUCGAUCUGUCCUACAACGUGGAAGUGGGAAAGCAAAACUUGGGCUCGAUCACCCUCGUCAAGUCGAACGAGCAAACGUUUCGCGACAUCUACAACAAUCAGCCGGCGCAGUAUCGUGUGAGCUUCCCGUUCCAAAACAUCGUUCCGCGGGUGCUAUCGAUCACCGUGAACGGCCAAACGAUAUGCACCGGACAGGCGGCGACCGGGCGCAUGGUGACCACGGUCAAACUGGAGCACACACUCUACACCAAGGUGAAUGGCAACGGCAAUGACUUCAACCAGAUACUGCCGUACCAGCCGACGUACCAGCCGCCAGCACAACAGCGUCCGACCCAGACCACUCCGGCGCCGUUUGUGUACCAGCCGCCGAUGCCAGAGUACAGCCCUCAACGGCCCUUCGGUCAACGGCCGUUCGCUCAACGGCCACCAGUGCAAGAGCAGCCCAGACCACAGCAGACUAGCAGACCACCGCAGCCAGUGACGGUUCCACCACAGCCGCCGACAACUAACGCGGAGAUAACCUGUGGAUCGGUUGCUCCACUAGGCACCCGGCUAUCGAUCAACGGCGUGCGCUCGUCGAAAGGACAGUUCCCGUGGGCGGUGCCAAUUUUCAACGUCGCCGGUGUCUCGAAACCCCAGUACAUCUGCGGCAGCAGCCUGAUUGGGCCGACGCACAUACUGACGGCGGCCCACUGCAUGUACUUCCCGGACGGGACGCUCCGGCAGGCGGACCAGCUGGCGGUGGUGCCCGGGAUGUUCAACAUCGACAACUUCUCCGACGAUGAGAACCAGGAACGGGAAGUGACCACGAUCCACGUGCACGAAGAGUACCUGCACGAAGACAUCCUCGUGACCGACUCCGACAUUGCCGUGCUGGUGCUGCGCCAGGCGGUCACCUACAACGAUCUGGUGCGACCGAUUUGCCUGUGGUCCGGGAGCGACAACCUGGAGCAGAUCAUCGGCUCCAAGGGGUUCGUGUCGGGCUGGGGCAUUACGGACACGGGCGAUGCAAAGUACCCGAGCUACGUGACGGCCUCGGUCAUCGAGAAGCGCCAGUGCUCUCUCCAGCUGGGGCGUCUCUUUUCGUCUACCUCGCGGACGUUCUGCGCCGACGGCCACGGGGCCGUCCCGUGCAACGGAGAUUCGGGCAGCGGGUUGGCGUUGAAGCGGGGCACGAGGUACUAUCUGCGCGGUAUCGUGUCCACCGGCCAGCACGAUCCCGUCACGCUGCUGUGUGACACGCAGAAGUACGUAGUCUACACCGAUGUCGCUCCGUUCCGGUUCUGGUUGUCUCGUAUCAUGAAAUCGUAGGCUCGUCCAACGCAAGGGCCACUGGUGGCCGUUCGGUUCACUCACUCACUAGUGUCACAGUAACGUACUAUAUCCCAGAUCGUCAGUCAGUCAGUGGCCAUAUUUAAUUAAUUAAUUUAAGCACCAACUGAUAACACCCGUCCAAGUGCGAGUAAAAUGCGAUUGCUGUACAGGGAGGGAUGGCCCAUUUGCGUAGUUCGAAAUGGACCUGCCCCCCUGUUAACGGUCCACGGUGGCAAAUUCUAGAGAUCACACAUUGUUGCAUUCCUUUUCUAGAAAACACUGGGUAUGCCAUUUUAUUUUAACGCUUUUUGGGUAUGUACAGCAAAACGAAGACGGUUUCCUGUUUGUUGUGUCACAGUCUAGAACGGUCCGUUAUAGCGAAACGGAGAAAUAAAUGUGUAAAGUACAAAAAGAAUAUUUAUUAUUCUGGUCCUUUGUGAGUUAAAUAAAUGUUAC